AUUUGAUACUUAUGAAAUUGAUUUUUCUUUUCAGAAUACAAUUGCACUAGAAAGAAGACAUGGCAGAAAAAAAACCAACUAGAUUUUACCCCGCGUUAGAUAUCUUACUUCUGCGAGAGGUGGUUGCUGUGUUUCCCAUGGAGAACAAGACAAAAUGGGAGAAGGCGCAGCAAAAUAUCAACAGAGUUAUUGAGGAUAGGAAUAUCUUCGUGACCCUGAGGGCCUGUAAGGAUCGUCUCAGGCAUCUGACGGACUUGCACAGACGGGACGAAAUCAGUUCAUUGAGAGCGUCAGGGACUGAGGAAGAAUAUGAUGAAAGAGCCAGAUUGUUGACUGAAAUACUCGAGAGGGACCGUGAAUGUGAGGCUGAAAAAGAGAAUGACAAGACCUCGGCGAAGGAUGACCAGGAGAAAAAAGGGAAGGAAAUUAGAGAUGCUGCAAUGAAGGCUCUAGUUGUGAAGAAGAAUGCAGCAAAGAAGAAUCCAGCAGAUGAUGAAGAGCAGCUUGUGCUAACUCCAAAAAAGAGAAGAUCUAAUUCUUACAGUACGGAGUAUGUUGACUACCUCAAUGAAAAGCUAGCUUUGGAGAAGGAAAAGUUUGAGGUGGAGAAGAAGGAACGAGAGGCAAGAAUCUUGAGGGACAAUCAAAUGAUGACCACAAUGAUGAAUCUCGUGGAACGCCAAUUAUCCCAGAAAGAUUAACUUUUAUUGACUUAAGUGAAAAGAAUUGAUGUUUAAUUGAUAUAAUAAAGUAAAAAAUGU